UGUAGGAGCCCUUUGGUGAGAAUGAAUGAGGGCAAUGUCCUGUCUAUAGCUGAGGCGCGCGGUGCAUCCGUUUCGAGUGACUCCUAGUCCGGUCGAGGGGGAGCAAGCUGCGGGAGGCCAUGGGCCCGAUGGCUUCCGGUUUCCCGCGGCGCCCCACUUUGAAGGAAGCUGUGUUCUGUCGCCGGGACUGGAAUGCUGGCCCCGUGUGCCCAUCGCGGAGGUCGCUGCGUCUGCGUGUGUGCGUCUCGGGGUCUACAAAGGGCACCUGCGCCUGGAACGUGCCUAGGUCGCGUGCACACUGCUACUGCGGCGUGUGUGGAUGCGUGACCCCGGGCUGGAGCGCUCGGGCUCCUGGCUCCCCAGCCCGGGCAGGGUUAGCAUUAGCGAAGAAGAUCUGGGUUUUCGGAAGGGCUGGCAAGAUACUGACCCUGGAACAUCCACGGGAAGGGAAUGACUUUCUUAGAUUCUACAUUCUUUCAGCCCUAGCUCUGCCGCUCAGCGGGUGCAACUUUGGGCAGAUGUCUUAAACGUUCAGCGACCGUUUCUUCAGUUAAAACUUUAGGAAUACUGCAGUAGUGAAGUGUAAAUGAGAUUUUGCUUGCAAGGGCUAGUGGCUGCACGUAAUAGGUAGUCAACAUAUGGUACGCACCCACUUCUCUUCAGAUCAUAAGCCUUCAGUAUAGUGAUUUGAAAGUUGGUACACAUUCCUUUCCACUCGAACACGACCUUGCACUGUCUCUCAGAGCUUCCCAGACACUACACACAACCUGGAAGCCCUUGGCCCCACUCUCCAUAAUGAAGCCUAGCACACCAUAGCAGCCCCUUGGAUCAACCAGUCUUCCUAGAAGUUUGUAACCUAGAGAUCCCAGGUAAAAAAAUUAAACUUCACUGAACCCUAUUUAGUGAGUUUCUUUGAUUUGGAAAGAGCGAGCGUUGCCCAGGUUUCUUUGAGACUCUGCUGUGAAGCGACUUUGAGGUCUGAGAUUGCUCUGCCUGAGGCUGCCGCUGCUUCUGGCAACUGCCCCCCUUGAACGUGCAGCGGCACCAAGGGGGGAUCACACCCGUUAACAGACCCGAGUGAAGGGGACAGAAGCCUAAGCCGGAGUGACAGUGGGAUUGUACCUGCCAGGCUAGGUGGAAGAUGGGUCUUCAAGGCCUUGUGCUGCUGUGGCUAUACCACGUUUAGUGUCUGAAGAGCAUGCUGAAGGAGAGGGUCAUGGACCUGGUCACCCAGACGGCCAUCCUGCCCCUGCUGUUCGGCUGCCUGGGGAUUUUCAGCCUCUUCCGGGUGCUACAGCGGAUCCGCUCAAGGGCUCACCUGAGGGAUGCUGUGGUGGUGAUUACAGGUGCCACGUCAGGGCUCGGCAGAGAAUGUGCCAGAGUCUUCCAUGCUGCAGGGGCAAAGCUGGUACUCUGUGGUCGAAACGUGGAAGCCCUUGAAGCGCUCACCAGUGAACUUGCUGGUUCUCGUACCUCCCAGGGACAGACAUACAAACCUUACACGGUGACCUUCGACCUCACAGAUCCUGGGGCUAUUGCUGCAGCAGCAACUAAGAUCCUACAGUGCUUUGGCUAUGUGGACAUCCUCAUCAAUAAUGCUGGGGUCAGCUACCGCGGUACCAUCAGUGAUACCAUAGUGGACGUGGACAGGAAGGUGAUGGAGAUAAACUACUUCGGCCCUGUUGCACUAACAAAAGCACUCCUGCCCUCCAUGGUCAAGAGGAAGAAAGGCCACAUCGUCGCCAUCAGCAGCAUCCAGGGCAAGAUCAGCAUUCCUUUUCGAUCAGCAUAUGCAGCCUCCAAGCAUGCCACCCAGGCAUUCUUUGACUGUCUGCGUGCUGAGAUGCAGCAGGAUGGCAUCGAGGUGACUGUGAUAAGCCCUGGCUACAUCUAUACCAAUCUCUCUGUAAAUGCUGUCACUGCCGAUGGCUCCAGAUACGGAGCUCUAGACAAGAACACAGCCCAGGGCAGAAGCCCUGCAGAGGUGGCCCAGGAUGUCCUUACUGCCGUGGGGAAGAAGAAAAAGGAUGUGAUCCUGACUGACUUACUGCCGUUCUUGGCCGUCUAUCUCAGAACUCUGGCUCCUGGGAUUUUCUUCAGAGUCAUGGCCUCUAGGGCCAGAAAAGAGCGGAAAUCCAAGAAUUCGUGAUGUUGGUCAGAGCUGCUAGCCUGGAUCAGCCUGAUCAGCCUGAGUACCACCCCCUUCUGGGCUAGGAUGACUCUGCAAGGGAUUCAUGGCUGAGACCUGCUGAUGAGCUGUCUUGCACUCUGAGGUGGACAGAAGCACUUCUGUUCUCUCUGGGGGUGGGUUAGCCUGUAAGACGUAAAAUGUGGAGUUGGGCUGGGGCUCUACAGAUGUGAAAUAAAUGACUGAACAGUA